AUGGCUUUUAUAUUCAAUUCUCCUCGUCUGGCAACUCUUUCGAUGAUAGUAAUUUCUUUUACCUUCUGUAAUGCUUUUGUAGCAGAUGAUGAUCAAAACUUGUUGGAUUCAUUCAAAUAUGCAAGGAAUACUGUAGCUUCGUCCCCAUCACAUGAUGAAUGGCAGCCCAUACAAAAUAUAAAUGAUCUUAAAGUGAUCGAAAUUGCAAAAUUUGCGGUAAAUACGGAAAAUAGCCUAUUAGAAGGAGUUCAAUUGGAAUUUGGGAGUGUAUCAGAUGGAAGAUUUAAAGUUGAUAAUAAUGGAAUCACUUAUGACCUAACAAUUGUCUCUAUAGAAUUUGAUGAAGCAAAUGAAUAUGAAGCUGUUGUUUUCGAAAAUUCUAAGGAUAAUGUUAGAAAACUCAUUUCCUUUGAUUAA